AUGACAACAAAUUGUUUUACUAAUGAUGGGUAUGAAUUUAAUGAAGUAUUAUUAACAGAUUAUUAUCAAUUGACAAUGUGUUAUGCAUAUUGGAAAUCAAAAAUUCAUAAUGAAAAGGCUGUUUUUGAUGUUUUUUUUAGAAAAAAUCCUUUUUCAGGUGAAUAUACAAUUUUUGCUGGUUUGGAGGAUGUUAUUAAAUUUGUUAAAAAUUUUAAAUUAAAAAAAUCUGAUCUUGAAUAUAUUAAAUUACAAUUUCCACAAAAUACUGAAUCUGAAUUUUUUGAGUAUCUUGAAAAAUUAGAUUGUUCAAAUAUUACUAUAUCUGCUAUACCAGAAGGGACUGUGGUUUUUCCUAAAAUUCCAUUAAUUACAAUUGAAGGACCUUUAGCAAUUUGUCAACUUCUUGAAACUUCAAUAUUAAAUCAAGUUAAUUUUGCUAGUCUUGUUACAACAAAUGCUGUUCGUUUUCGUUUAGCAGCUGGUGAUAAUGUUCAAUUACUUGAACUUGGUUUGAGACGAGCUCAGGGUCCUAAUGGAGCAUUAUCAGCUAGUAAAUAUUGUUAUAUUGGUGGAUUUGAUGGAACAAGUAAUGUAUUGGCAGGUAAGUUAUUUGGUAUACCAGUAAGAGGAACACAGGCACAUUCAUUCAUAUGUUCAUUUGGUAAAGAUUCUAAUUUAAAAGGAAUGAAAUUAAAUGUUAAUUCAACACAUGAAGAAUUUGAUUUACUUGAAAAUUCAAAGAAUGUUCUUAAUUUGUUGUUUGAAAAAAUUAAUUUUAAUGUUGAUAUAAAUGAAUUAAAUAAAGGAGAAUUGGUUGCAUUUUGUGCAUAUGCCACUACAUUUCCAGAUUCAUUUUUAGCUCUAAUUGAUACUUAUGAUGUCUUAAAUAGUGGUGUUAUUAAUUUUAUAGCUGUAACAAUAGCUUUAUUUGAUGCUGGAUAUCAAUCUGUGGGAUGUCGAAUUGAUAGUGGAGAUCUUUGUUACUUAUCAAUAGAAAUAAGAAAGUAUUUUAAUGAAAUUGCAAGAGUUUUACCAAAAUAUAAUGAAUGUAUGAAUAAAUUAAUAAUAAUAGCUUCAAAUGGAAUUAAUGAAAAUACACUUCAAUCGUUUAAUGAACAAGAAAAUGAAAUUGAUGCAUUUGGUGUUGGUACAAAUUUAGUAACAUGUGAAAAACAACCAGCUUUAGGUUGUGUUUAUAAAUUAGUUUCAUUAUCAGGAAUUCCAAAAAUUAAGUUAAGUCAAGAAAUGGAAAAAAUGACUUUACCAGGUAAAAAAAGUUCUUAUAGAAUAUAUGGAAAAGGUGAAAAUCCAAUUGUUGACUUUUUAUGUCUUGACAAUGAACCUGAACCAAAAGUUGGAAAAGAAAUCCUUUGUCGUCAUCCUUUUAUAGAAAGUAAACGAGCUUUUGUUACUCCAAUAAAAGUAGAAAAAUUACAAAAAGUAUAUUGGAAGAAUGGAAAAAUUUGUCAAAAAAUGCCUUCAUUAGUAGAAAUAAAAAAAUAUGUUAGUGAAAAUAUUAAAUUAACAAGAAAAGAUCAUAAAAGGUUUUUUGAUCCAACACCUUAUAAAGUUUCAAUUUCUAAACAAUUGUAUGAAUUUCUUCAUACAUUAUGGUUAGAAAAUACUCCUGUUAGAAAAUUAGAAUAA